AUGACAGCCUGGCGGACCUCUCCCUCCCGUCCAGCGCCACCCAUCUCCUCCGACUCUCCCAACCAUCCAACACGCGACUCGCUGUUCGCGGGCCCCUCGCACUCCCACUCGCCCUCGACGAGCCGGCCAUCCUCCUGCCUCUCGGCUUCCGGCACGAUCGGCUCUCGAACCCUCACGAGUUCGAGCUCUGCUUACUCGUUGCUUGCGAGAAAGAAGGCGGAGAUGGAUGAUGAGGAUGACAGGAUGAGCGUGAGGAGCGGGUUGAGCUCAAGGGGUAGCAGUUUGACGCUGAGUGGGAAGGGGGAGGGGACGGCGAAAGGUAGGAACAGGGCGGCUAGCUCGGCCAGCUCGGUGGUGACGAUGAGGGGUUCGCAAGGAGGGGUUCGCGAGGAUGACGACGACCGGAUGGAGGUGGAUGAGCAAACGACUGGGCCGGACGAGAAAGGGAAGGGUAAGGCGAAGGACGUGGCAGAGACGGCUUCUGCUAAGCGGCAACGGCUACGACCACCCAUGCCCGAUUUUACGAACCCUUCUACGCGCCCGAGCCGGUCGUACUCGACGAGCCCCGGCAACAUCGUCUCGCCUUCGCAGCCGACCCUCUCGACGACUUCCGCCGACGACUUGAUGCCGUCAAUGAAGCGCAAACCGAAUCGCGCGCCUUCAAUCUCCUCUGUCUCGUCUCGGCCUCGACCCAAGACUUCCACCUCCAGCGCAACCCUUCGACCACCCUCUUCCCCCUCGAAGCCCCCUUCCAUCGCUCCGAAAGACACCUCGACAUCCGACUCUGCCUCGCUGUCGACUUCUCCAUCAGAGACAGUGUCGAGCGCGGCCAGUAUCGUCUCGAAGCGACGCAGCUGGUUCGGCAACCCUGCCGACCCUCCUCCUCCUCCCGUCCCUCCCAGUGCAGCCUCCUCGAAUGACCCUCCGCGCGUGCUCGCACCUUCCGAUCCUGUACCUCCCGCUGAUCCAGCUCCAGCAGCCACUUUACCCGCCUCGUCCGUCCAGCCCGAAGCAAACCGAGGCUGGCUCUCCCUCCUCUCGCGCGGGAGACCUAGCAUGCCUGAUUUGGCGGGUGCGGCGGCGAAGCAGGAGGUUGACGAUGCGGAAACGACACCGACGCAGGAGAGGCCGAUGGAGCUUGAUGUGCCGCAGAAGGAGGAAGAGGCGCGCGAGGUCGAGGCGGAGGAGGCGCCGGCUACAUUGACGACGAACGAGCGAGGUACCGAGAUUGCGGCGGCAGGAUCCACCAACCAGCCCGUUUCGCGGCUGUCAUGGUUCGGCUGGAGCCGAGCGACUCCUUCUGUUCCCGACGCGCCCUCGCAGAAGACCGGCGACGAAGCUUUAGCGCCUGAAGCUCCGCCACCUGCGCCGCCUGCGCCAGAACCUUUGGAGGAGCAGACGGAACUGCCUCCAUCUGCGGAAGUCACAGUCGCGACGACAUCCGAACAGCAGACGCCAGCUGCCUUUUCCGAGCAGCGCGGCUGGCUAAGCGGAUGGUGGGGCGGAGCGGGACAGUCUGCCGAGGAGCUUGCUGCGCAGCGAAGGCGGGAGUUGUGGGCGCUCAAGCUCGCAUCUCAGCGCAACGCUAACAAGCUUAUCGAGGCUGUACCGGAGGACGAGGAGAUGGCGCCAAGCAGUGACGAGCGCACAGCAACUGUCACGCCGGCGACGAAUGACGAGACGCCGACGCCUACGCCAACUCCCUCUCAGCCUCUCAAGCACAAACCGUCGGGCUCGUGGAGUAUCUUCUCCCGCACGCCUGCCUCCGCGACUUCCGUUCCUACCGGCACCUCGCCCACCAAGUCGAUGCUGUCUUUACGAGCGCCGCUCGGCGGGCUCGGCAUCUCCCCCUCCUCCGCCGCGUCUACCCGCUCGAGAACCUCGUCGCACAACGCCCCCGACACUGCACCAUCGUCGCCUCAGCUUCGAGCGCAGUCCGACCAAGGACCGGUCAAGCCGCUCACCGGCUCUAUUCGCUCGUCGCCUCGCCAGCGACCAUCAUCCGCCUUCGAAGCGCCUCCUCCCGUCGAGAAUCUCGUCCUCCCGACCUUCAAUGACACCUUCCUCCGCCCUCCUCGCUCCUUUGCGCCAAAGAAAUCGACUCUCACUCGCGCCGUCAGCGUCGUCAGCAGCUACUUCUUCCACCGCCCGCCUACGGAGGAGUCGACGAGUCCUCGACUCGUCCAGGCGCAGCAGGCGGCGGGGUUCAACCCGACUGGCAUGCUGACGGAGAUGCGGGACGACCCGGCAGAAAGGCUACCCAAGUCGCUGGACGUCAUUAGCGAGGGACCGAGGCUUGGCAAGGUCAAGCGCGUCGUGACGAUUGGCGUGCACGGCUGGUUCACGUCGAACAACAUGAUCAAGUCGCUCAUGGGCGAGCAGACUGGAACGAGCGUCAAAUUCGCAACCAUGAUGCACGACGCCGUCCACUCGUAUCUCGAAUCGCACGACGUCUCGUCCUUCAAUAUCCAGGCGAUUGCCCUCGAGGGUCAAGGUGAAGUCGAUUACCGCGUCAACAAGCUGUACAGCCAACUCGUCGGCCGCGAAGAGUGGCUCAAGGCGAUCAAGAUGGCAGACGCUGUCUUCGUUGCGACGCACUCGCAAGGAAGCGUCGUCUCUACGCAACUCUUGGCGAGGAUGCUCGACCAAGGCCUCAUCACCGGCACGCAGACGCAUCUCCUGGCUAUGUGUGGCAUCGCUCAAGGACCUUUCAUGUACCUCUACCAGUCGAUCGCCCUUGCGCCCUACUUCAACUACCUCGAGUCGGCACCCGCCCGCGAGCUUUUUGCCUUCCAGGACGCCGAGUCUGUACCGGCCAUCAAGUUCAUCGACAGCCUGCGCAUCAUCCUGAACGCGGGCGUCAAGCUCACCGUCGUCGGCUCGCUCAAUGACCAAGUCGUCCCGCUCUACUCGGCCCUGUUCUCCGGCGUCUCGCAUCCUGCCAUCCUUCGCGCCGUCUACAUCGAUUCGGACGCCUUCCGCACAUCCGACUUCCUCGCCAACCUCAUCGUCUUUGCAAUUCGGCUGCGAAAUGCCGGCUUGUCGGACCACGACCUCGUUUACCACGUCAGUGAGGCGCUCGCAGGCGCUCUGACGGGUGUUGGGCACAGCAAGAUCUAUGAGGAAGAGGACGUGUACAAACUCGCCGUUCGCUACCACUUCGAGACGACGCAUCUGACCGAGCCGCCGACCCAUCUCGACACUCGAACUACUCCGCCGCCGCUCUCGAUGUCGUUCAACCCGCGCGACCGACGAAACCCGUACCUCCUGACCUGGGCGCUGAGAGGCAUCAUCGAGGAUCCGCAGGUGCGAGAGCUGUUCAGCAACGAGUUGGUAGCAUUGCGCGAGGCGUAUGAGACCUGGAAGCCGCAGACGAAGGUGCUGAAGGAUGUCAAGCUGAAGCUCGAGGGCAUCCGCAUGAUGAGCUGGCGCGGUGGGAAGCUGUGA